CUUGGCCUUUUUUUUUUUUUUUAAAUUUCAAUUUUGGAAUGAAUUCAGGAGAAAUCACGGAGUCAAGAGUAUUGGGAGUAUUUUCUGUAUCUGGGUUCAUCUGGGUAUUCUGUCCUAUCACUCAACAGGUGCUUCUCACAUUUUAAAAUUCUAGAAACACACAGGGUUGGGCGAGUGGCUGAGACUGUGUGUUCUUCCCACAUGUCCAUUUUCUCCAUCGCUGUUGCUCACAUCUCCUUUAUUCUGUGUGACCAGGUGACAAUGAGCAUCACGGAUGUGCUUAGUGCUGACGACAUCGCGGCAGCCCUGCAGGAAUGCCAAGACCCAGACACUUUUGAACCACAAAAGUUCUUCCAGACAUCAGGCCUCUCCAAGAUGUCCGCCAGCCAAGUGAAGGAUGUCUUCCGGUUCAUUGACAACGAUCAGAGUGGAUACUUGGACGAAGAGGAGCUCAAGUUUUUCCUCCAGAAGUUCCAGAGUGAUGCUAGAGAGCUGACUGAGUCAGAGACCAAGUCCCUGAUGGCUGCAGCGGACAAUGAUGGAGAUGGGAAGAUUGGGGCCGAUGAAUUCCAGGAAAUGGUGCAUUCUUAAAGCCCACGUCUGUGGAAGAGAGAGCGGAAGGGGCGCUUUGCCAGAAGGUCUCCAAAGCCCUGGGAUCAGGAAGCUCCCCAACCUAUCCCGAACUAAUUUCCUGAGUCCUCCUGAAGCACUUCUGCAAUGUGCUCCUUGUUUGAGGAAAUGCAACGGUCUGUGGCUCUUCAUUCUUUGGUGGUGGUGGGUAUAGGUCCUGAUGACUUCUGUAAGUCCUCCCCUGGCAGGCAAUGCCUUUAAAAAAAUCACCCAAUAAAAUCCUUUCUCAUCAUUGGCUGAUGUAUGGGGGUAUU